UUCCGAAGUAGAUCUCCCUGAUUGGAUCCCUUUACCCGGAAACGAGACCGGCAAAGCUGAGCUGCCAGACGAAGAUUCUAGGAAGUCUCGCAGAAGAAUUUUGUGACGACUUGAAAACCGUAUUGUUGGAUUGGCAGAUUGUAUUUCCCACCUUGUCACGAAUAGAGCCAAAUUUGUAGUCUCAAGCUAUACCAUCCCACCAACACCAAAAUGCACAGCCAAAAAGUCCUGUUUGUAGGAUGUGUGUUCCUUGUUCUACUUAUGGACUCCAUCCUUGCCAAGCGAGACUUCUAUGAAGUUCUGGGUGUGCCCAAGACAGCAACAGACAAACAGAUCAAGAGAGCCUUCCGGAAACUUGCCGUCCAGUACCACCCAGACAAGAAUAAGGACCCACAGGCAGAGACUAAGUUUAGGGAAAUUGCAGAAGCAUAUGAAGUUCUGUCAGAUAAACAGAAACGGAGGGAAUAUGACCAGUUUGGCUUCAGCAAGCAAGGGGGUGGGCCUGGUGGUCCUGGAGGAUUUGGAGACUUCAACUUUGACUUUAAUGACUUCUUCAACCAUUUUGAUGCUUUCCAUACCCACAAGCAACAUGAGCAUGCAGGUGCAGGGUUUAAUGGUGGCUUCGGCGGUGACAGUGGUUUCCGUUUCUCCUUUGGUGGGAAUGGCGGAGGUCACUUCUUUGACUUCAAUGACAUAUUUGGGGAUGAUGAUGAUGAUGAUGACCUGUUUGGAAGCUUUGCCAACUUUGACAGCAUUCACAACCACUUUGCUCAUUUUGAUGACUUUGACAACUUCUUCGGAGACCACCAAAGGCCCCACUCACAUGCACAUGCAGGUGCACAUGCUCAUGCUCAACACUUUGCACAACACCAUGGACAGGCCAGGAAUAUGCAGUCCAGAACAAGUAGAACAGGUGGGAAAAACUGCAAAACUGUAACACAAAGAGUUGGGAACAUGGUCACAACCUACACUGACUGCUCUGACCCCUGAACCCUUCAAGAUGACCAUGGGAAUGUCAUAUAACUCCAACUGUGCUGAAAAAGCAUAGUCAACUAUGUACAAGGACAAGUUCUCUGCUGCUACUGUGUCUGCUUUCUCACCCUUUUCAAGUCGAGUUGCAGAUAGCUUUGUUUAGAGUCUUAAGUAUAAUUUGCAUUGUGUAAAAUUCCUUCAAGAUUUUCUUGCUCCAUAUACUGUAAAUGCAGAAAUGUUCGCGGUGGAUUAAUGUUCACGGUUUUUGCGGUGACCACUUCACCGCAAAAUUAAAACCACCGCGAACAUUUUUCUAUUAUGGUAUUAGACUGCAGUCUAUGGUGCUACCGCGAACUUUAAACCACCGCGAAAAGUCCUUUUUCCUGAUACCGCGAAAUUAAAUCCCCGUGAACUUAAAUGCAUUUACAGUACUAUAAACAAGUAUAUGUUUUUGAGGUAAAAGUAUAUCAAAAAUUAUUGUGUUCAGAUGCAAGCUUAUGAUAGUUUAAUAUGGGCUGUAAUUUCUGUAUAUACAUUCAAAUACUGCCUUAGGAAAGAAGAUGAUCUAAUACUAGUUUCAAGCACAGGAUGUACAUAUAUGUAAAAAGCUGUGUUAGAUGUUCUUUUGAACUCUCCAAACUUUGUGCAGUUUUGUGAAAUUUCCAAUUAUUUCUGUCUUCUGACCAAAUUUUGAAUGGCCAAAUUUCAGUUUGUUCAGUUGUAUGUUUUCCUGAACUGAGUUACUGAACAUUGUACCCUACUGAAACUGCUUGAAGUAGAUUCAACUGUCAAUUUGCCUUUAAGGUACUGGCAAGACUAUACAUUCUAUGCAACACGUGUCUGACAAAAAUGAAAAAAAGUAUGUAAAUAUAAGGAUGUGUAAAGGCAACCAGGUUUGUGUGAUAAUAUGCUGCAAUGUUCACAACUGCACCACUUUUUAAUAUCAUGGUGAUAAAGGUGACAGCACUCUGAAAA